AUGAACGAUAUAGAUUAAUUAUAAGAUUUAAAUGGAAAUUUGGCUUUAAGAAUAUUAUAAAACUUAUAAAAAACAAAUAAAAUAAGCGAUGAAUAGAAUGAAAGACUUAAACAAAAUUUCAUUUUAUUACAUUAAACUAUAGUAAAAUCAUUCCAAAACCAAAAGGCGCUUCCAUUAAAAACAAAACAAUUAUAAUUAGAAAUAAAGUAAAGUAAAGAUGUAUUUGAAGAACUAUCAAUAAAACAAGAAAACAUUGAAAAUAAAUAUAAAAGUUAUCAAUCUAGUAUAAAAAAAUAAGAACUAGAAGAAGAAAAUCUUAGAAGAACUUUAGAUUAAAUUUUAAAUGAACAUGAUAAAAUUUAAGCUAAUAUUUAAGAAAAAGAAAUAAGUAUUUAAGAAGAUGAAAAAUUAAUAAGAUAUCAAAUAUAAAUUGAAGAAAAUAGUCUAAUUUAAUAAAUUGAUAAAUUAAAAGAUGAAAUUUAAAAAAAAUAAUAAAAUGUGGAAUAUGAAACGAAAUAUUUAAUUGAACAAAAAGGAAAAAUCAAAAGUUUUUAAAUUUAAAAUAAUUCUAUUAUAGAAGAAAUUAGUUAAAAAUAAAAUAUAAUUUCUUAAAUUAAAGAUGAACCUAAUAAAUAUUUAAAGAAAUCAUAAAUGCUUAUUUAAGCAAAUAUUUUAAUUAAAUAAGAUUUAUUUAAUAUAAAUGAGGAGAUAGUUAAAUUUAAUAAUAUAAUAAAAGAAAAAUCAGAAGAAAAUGAACGUUUAAUUGUUAAAGAUAAAGAAUUAUCUGAAAAAAAUUUAAAAGAUAUAAUAUUUAUAAAUAAUGAAAAAAAAGAUAUAAAAUAAUUAAUGGAAGAAAUAAAAAAAAUAGGAAUUCUUUUAGACGAAAAGCAAUCAUUAAGGUUUUAAAACGAAGUUGAAAUAAAAGCUUUUGAAAAAGAAUAUUAUAGAAAUGAGGAAUUUGUGGAAAGUUUAAAGAAGUAAAUUGAAUAGAUAAAAAGAAUGUAUAAAAAAGAAGAGAAUUAAAAAGAAAUUUUACUAAUAAAAAUUUCUGAAUAUUAAAUUUCAAUUUAAAAAAUAUAAAAAAGUUCUUAGUAAAUAAAAAAAAACAUAAAAAAAGAAGAAAAAGAAAAUACUGAAAUUUCUUAAGAAAAUAAACUAAUAGAACAUAAAGCUAAACAUGUAAUGUUAUAAAACGGAGAUAAAGAUAAAUAAAAAGAAUAUAUAUUUAAAUAAAUAAAAGAAUUAGAAGAUUAAUUAUAAUAAUAAUAAUAAUAUGAAUAUUAAACUAAAAAAAAAAUAAUGGCUUUAACUAAUACAAGGGAAACAAUGGCCAGAAAAGCAUCUUAAGCGAAUUUAGAAGUCAGGGAAAGUCGAGAGGAAUUAAAAAUAAAAGAAUUAAUUAUAUUAGAUUUGGGUAAACGAUACCAAGAAAUCAAUUUUUAAUUAAAUUCAGUAAAAUAACUAUAUGAAUAAACUAAAGGCGUGAGAAAUAAAUAUGUUUCUUUGAUUUAAAAUAGUAGUUAGACUUUAGCUGAAUUAAAAGAAAGAAUCAAACUUUCUUAAAAUGAAUUAGAAAUAUUAAAAAAUGAGGCUUAGGAAAAAGCUUAAAGUGGACUAUAAUAUAAUCAUACAGUGCAACUUUAAAUUAGUUUAAGGGAUAGAAGUAAUACUUAAUUAAAUAAAUUAGAAUUUAUACGAUUAAAUAAAAAAUAAAUAAUUGAUUAAAAUGUAAAUGAAAUAGAAAAAUUAAAUAUUAUUAUUGAAAGUUUAGAAAGUUAAAUAUUAAGUUUAAAUAAGAAAUAUUAAAUAUCUACAGAAAGUAGAAAUUAUAUAGGUAUUUAAUUAAUUGAUAGAAAUGAUUAAUUAUGUAUUAUGUAUGAAAAAUCUAAUAUUUGUGAAAAAACACUUAAUAAUGGAGAACUUGAUUUGAAGAAAAUCGCAGAAGAAGCUAGAAUGCUAAAACUAGAAAUUAAAGAAAAGAAAAGAUAGAUACUUAUUGCUUAAAAAAACAUUGAUUUGGUUCCUUUUUUAGCUCAAUAAGUUGUUACUAUCAAAGAGUAAUUAAAAUGUAAACAAAAAAUAUACUUAGAGUUAUCUCAGAAAUUAGAAGAUCCCCUCAAUAUGAAGAGAUGGAGAGAAUUAGAAGGUGAAGAUGAUGAUUUGGAGUCUCUGAAUGCUAAAAUAUUUGUUCUUGAGGAAAGACUUAAUAAAAAAAAAGAAGAAGAGCUUCAAAAAGAGCUAGUAUUAGAUGAAAUAAGCAAUAUAAGUGAUAAAUUGAGAGAUGAAGUGCUUUCUGGAAGACAAGAAACACUUGAAUUAUCUGAAAAACUAGGUUCUUUUUAACAAAGACUGAAAUAAAUAACUCGGUAAACAAUGUCUAUAAUAUCAGAAUUAUCAAUGUAUUAGGCUAUGAUUAUAAAAUUAGAAAGAGAAAGAAAAGAAAUAUAAGAAAUUGUUGAAAAUGCAAAAAUUUAAGAAAAUGAAGGAAAAGCACCAACUGGAGAUUCAGAAUUAGAAUAUUAAAAACUUUUGAGAAAUAAAAUAAAGUUUUUUGAAGAAAAAAAAUUGAAAUUAGAAAAAGAAAAUUUAGAAAAAAAUUUCACACCAUUUUUAACUAAAACAAAGGCUGAACAUAGAUUUGAUACUUAUGUAGAGAAUUCUAAUGGGUUUGUAAAACCUUAUGGGGCGCAUGCACCAUUUAAAGCAAGUGGGGUUUGUUAUAAUUUGAAACAUUAUAAAAAACCGGAAAUUAAAGAAAUUGAGAUUUGA